UUGCUGGUCCACCAUGUUCUUUUGCUUCCCCUGAACUACUUUACUUCUUCUUCUUCGUCUUCGUGUGCCCUUGUUGUUGUAUCACUACUGUCCAGGUUAGGGUUCAAGCCUCUCAGCCAGAGAGCUAGUUUCCUGCACGUCUUGAGGUUGCGAGCUUCGUGGACGCAACUCUGGCUGGUGGAGACCAGAAAUCUGGAAGGAGGUGGAGACUGGAGCGGGUUUUGGCGAUCUGAUAUAAUUUUUUUUGGAAGAGAAUAAAAUUUUCAUGUGACGCGCUCGUCUUCAUUGCCCGUUGGUGCGUGUGUGCGUGUGCGGUGUCCAAGCGUUUUGCGUUCCAGGUUUCUUGAUUUACGAGGUCGCGGGAUUGGGAGGUGGAUUGAGUGCGUACGGCUAGUGUUAGAGGACGCAAGUAGUUGUUAGUAGGAGAGCAAGAUGGCGAAUAGGAACCGCAUGCCAGUUCUCAAUGCACGGUCUGGUCAUCCUAACGGUGUUAGCCGUCCUGGUCCUUACGGUCCAGUUAGACCACAAAUGGGUGGGCCUCCCCCAGUUAUGCCUGGGCCGCCUAUGCCGGGCAUGUUAGAGCAGAAGAUGCAAAGCCAGCACGAUGAAAUACAAAGCCUUCUGACAGCAAACCAACGGCUUGCAGCAACACAUGUGGCUCUUCGGCAGGAAUUGGCAGCAGCUCAGCAAGAAAUGCAACGUCUUAAUUCUGUUAUUGCAGGUAUAUCCUCAGAAAAGGAAGCUCAGGUUAGGUCUCUUCUUGAUAAAGCUGCGAAACUUGAAUCAGACUUGCGAUCGACAGAUCCAAUCAAGCAGGAGCUUCUUCAAGCUCGCGCAGAUUGUCAAAAGUUGCACCUUCAUUCUCAAGAUUUAAAUCAACAAGUUCGGAAUACAUCUCAAGAGUUGCAGCGAGCCCGAGGGGAGUUGCAACAGGUUCCGGCACUGCGAGCGGAGGUGGAUAAUCUUCGCGCCGAGUUGCAACGAGCCAGAACUGCGUUUGAAUAUGAGAAGAAAGCAAAUGCCGAGCAGUUGGAGCAAAGACAAGCUAUGGAAAAGAACCUUGUGGACAUGGCAAGAGAUUUAGAGAAGCUUCGAGCAGAAGUCACUAAUGCUGAGAAGAUGGGACGUUUUCAUUCUGGUGGUCAAUUCAAUGGGGCGUAUCCUGGUUCGGAGGCUUCGUACGGUUUAAUGCAACCACAGGUUUAUGGAGAUAGUUAUGGGAUGCAUCCUCAGGAAGCUGGUCCGGCAUCAAAUGGCCAUCUUUCUGCCAAUUCAAGCGACAAUGAUUAUGGAAAAUCCCUCGUGGAGGCUGCUAAAGCUAAUUCAGGACAAAAUGCGAACAACGGUUACCAUGCUCAAGUACAUGAUGGUCAUAACUACAAGGCAGCCUCCGACUCAAAAGCUGAAGAAUGGGCUACUUAUGAAGCACCGAAUGGUAAACCGUUUUAUCACAACUUGAUCACAGGUGCAACACAGUGGGAGAAACCGGCAGCUCUUGAGGGCCAUAAUUAUGCUCAGGCCCACGUACAACUUGGGACUAAUCAAGCUGCUGCAAAUCAGCCUCCCAAUCCUGUGCUCAAUGGGCAAGUCCAGCAAAGUCCUCUUAUGACUCAUGUUCCACAGCAUCCUGCUGCUGGUGUAAUUCAAAACUCUCAGCAACAGAACAUGGUACAUUCUGGCCAGGCGCCUCAAAUGGCGCUUGGGCAGCAUCCAGGAGGCUACAUGACUCACAUGGGAGCUCCUUUGCCACAACCUGGCAUGUAUGGCCAGCCUCCAGGACCGUACAUGUCAUAUGCAGGUACCUAUAUGUACGGGGGGUCUCACGUCCAACAACCCGGUUCUUACAUUCAACCAUCUGGAUUGGCUCCACUACCAGUCGGUCAACCACAACAUCCUUUGGCCCCUUCAGCCGGUCAAAUGCAGACCCCACAGAAUCCCUAUUCACCCCCUCUAUUACCGGGGCAAGGGCAAUCCACUGGAGGUACAGCACCUGCUCCCAUGCCCCACCUCGUCCAUGGUCAUCUUAGUUACCCAGCACCUGGAGCGGUUCCACACCCUGGUCCCCCGCAAACCCCAGGAACUCAAUUGUCUCCUCUUAUGCCGGUACCCUUGGGACAACCGCCACUGCUGCAAUCUCCCCAGGCUCAGCCCAACCAGCCUGGGUCCCGACCUGUAGGCUUCACUCCUUCCAACGUCCAGCAGCAGCAGCAACAAAACCAGCAGAGCUCACAGCCUUCACCAAGGCAAGCUCAAAAUCAGUCUCGAGCAUCGUCUCAGCCAUCUCCUUCAUCAUCAACUCCAUCUCAGACACAAGUUCAGGCGACGAUUCCACCUGCAGGACACACUCCUCACGUGUCUGCGCCCCCUGUUAUUCAUCCACGACCACCAGUUUCGGAAACUGCUACACCUGUUAAAUCAACUCCAGCACCACCACCUCCUACUGCAACAAGUGGUCCUCAAGGAGCCAAUCUCUUUGUCUUUGGUAUUCCUGAGGAUAUGGGUGACAAGAAGUUGGCAGAUUUGUUCACUCCUUAUGGUACAGUUAUUUACUCGAAGGUUGGGGUGGAGAAGGAUACAGGUCGAAAUAAAACUUAUGGUUUUGUGUCUAUGGAUUCAUCACAAUCUGCUGAAGCAGCCAUACAGCAAGUGAAUGGCAUGCUUAUCUCUGGCAAACGCAUUAAAGUGGAGUUGAAGAGGGGAGAUACCGAAGGUCAAACACACCAACAUCAGCAGAACCAGCAACUUCCGCAUCCACAACACUCUCAUCAACAUCAACCUCCUUCUGGACCUGGUCCUACUAGAUGGAACCAGAAUCAUAAUGCGAGCUCUGGCUAUCGGCCCUAUUGAGCUAACUUCCUGAAGCAUCUACACGGUUGGUGCAUUCUUGGUUGUAUUGUAAAUUUGUUGCAUGAUAUAUUCUCUUUAGCAGAGUUCUUUUUCCGUAAGAUCCGGUCAUGGAUUUUCCUGCAUGGAUUAGCGUUUAUACGUGCUACAACUUCCAUUCACUCAGGAUUUGUGAUUUCUUGUUCGUUUAAUAUAUUUGAAGGCUUGUGCCAGGAUUGCCUAGUUUAUUAAUAGCCUUAACCACCUUUCAGUUAGAGUUUGAAGGAUUUUUGGAAAGUAACGUAGGUGUAGGUUUCAAGUACAUGUUACUCCACUCUUAAAGCUUUUCUCCUGGUUUUAACGUAGUUGCACUUUUAUCUGUAUAGUGCUCUCAAGAAUGGAACAGCAUUCUGACGAACUACUGUCUUAGUUGCAAUAAUUUUAUUAGUUAUUAUGUUCGCCUCUUGCCCGAUUAGGUUCUCCCUAACAAUACAACUACUUCACUACCUUUUUUUUUUUUUUUUUUUUUUUUAAUUGAAUUGAAUUGAAUUGAAUUUUUAGCCUUUCUUGUUUUUCCGUUUUUCCGUUAUUUAUUUAUUAUUUAUGAAGGGGGGGAGGACUGUGUGUAGUCGAAAAUAUGACAGUUUUUCGCUUUAUUUUUCGCUUUACACAUCCUUUCGGUUCUCUUUUGCUUUUCAAUUAGCUCUUUUUCUGUUACCAAGUGCAUGGCCACCUCUAUUCUAUAUCUCGUUAUUUUCGUUUUCCUUUUUAAGUUCUAGUACGUAAAAAGAUACCUGUGUAUUUCAAGGUCGCUGGACCGCAUUAACGAGCUAGACCACUGGAAUCAGCUAUUGAUGGAUAAAUAAAGAAUUUGGAUUGACAUUCUGAAUAUUGGUGAGAUUUAUUUUCCAGUACAGCACCUGCUUCUGUACGUCGGGUUAUUAUCAUUACAUUUUACUUUCAAGUUUCAACGCUGUCUUCGCUCCUUGUCUGUUUAACGAGUUGGGUGUGUACAUGAAGUACAGUUUCAUUUGUAUGCUAAGGUGAGCCUAAUUAGAGAGUGCACUUAAAAAACGCUGUUACUUUUAAAGUGGAAGAUGCUUCCAUAUACGCUUCGUGUUAAUGGAUCAUGAGAUUAUCAUUGUUGUAGCUGCUUUUGGAUCAUUUCUUUCCUGUUCUUAAAUUGUAAAUGUUUGCAUGUGCGUAUAUGGAAUAGGGAAGAGAAGCUUGCCGUUUAGAGGUGUGAAGUUCAAAUAAUUCCUAAAUCGAAAUUAACUUUCGUGUUUCUAGUGCUUGUGUUGUUUUCUUUGUUUGUGUAGGUAUAAUUAUGUGCUUCUUAGUAAGAUUUAAUAUUUGUAGGAGUACUUGUGUAGUUUUCAGUAUGGUAACUACAACAUCUUAAUGCAUCGAAGUACCACACUACGCUCCAUUUUGAAUAUAUUAUUGUGAAGGACUAAAAAUCAGCGUCCGAGUUUGUAGAUUCAUGUAGUACCUUUGUAAGUUACUGCUCGCAGCUUUAAUGGGUUGUCAUGUUCUCUUAUGCUACGCAAGCAUAUUCUUUGUAAGACUGACAAUGGAUAUCCAGCGGGGUUGGAUGGUUUGGGCCAAACAGACGUACAGCAGGGGAAGCUGUUCGGUAAAACAAGGAAUAGGUCCUUUUUGGUAGGAACAUCUUCUCCUAUCCAUCUGAGUAGAAUUUUCGAAGGUUGUCCUUUCAACACUAAUAAUUACCACCUCAAUCCUGUUCGCAGUGUUAUCUUUUCCCCUCCCUCUCUCCUUCCCCGUCCCCCUCUCCCUCUCUCUCUCCCUCUCUCUCUCCCUCUCCAUGACUGGAUUACCUCAUGUAUUAGUAAGACCUGGGCAAUUGAAUAAUAGAGGAACUUCACGUACUGCUUAAAUGGCUGGAGGAUGUCAUCACAGAAUGAGGAAGCUAACUUUUAUGCGUAAGCUUGAAAUUUAUUUGUGUUGUAGUGAAUAUUAUGCGCCAUUACCUCAUGCUAGCAUUCAACUUUUUAGGCAUUAAGGAUAUUGGUAACGGCACCGUCUUCGAACCUGUAAGGUUCGGUUCUUUAUUCAAAUUAUUCAUGUUAUUUCAAGUUUGCUGUUGAUGAGAGUCCUGUUUACUCCACGCUAUUACUAUAUUCAGUGAGGUGUAGCAUCAAUGAGGAGCUUUUAAUUGCUCGAGGUUCCAUAUAUUUCUGAUUAGUUUUCUCGUUUUCAUUUUAAUGCUAUCUGCGUGAGUGCUUCAUUGGUUAAAGUACUUAUCACGCCUGACAUUUUUUGGUGUCGUUUCAGAUAAGCAUUUGAUUAUGGAAUGAUGUGCUUUUUAUGAAUAACUGAAUUAGAAAGAUUUGGUUUCCAGUUCCCAGACAUCAAACGUCUGAAAACUGCUCAGAGCGUGUGGAAACACUGUUUCAACUUGCAUCAACUGAAUGUGGUACAUCAGAUUAGACUUAGUUAAUAGUUAGUUAUUUGCACUUCAACUGAGUGGCCCUGGAUUUGAGAUAUGUUACUGUACAGCUGUGGUAAUGAUUAGACACAGUGAAGACAUUUCACGCUGGUAUUUCACAUAACAGUACCUUUUCCAUUUUUUUCUGUACCUAAAACUCAAUCUGAAUUCGUGGUGCUUUUUCUGCUUGGAUUGAUGAUUCGUGGAAUCUACUAACAGUGUGUAUAAGACACCGUUUAAUUACUAGAUUACUUAUACUCAUGCCCUUGUAUUCAUACUACAGAUGUGCCUUGAGAAGGUGGAGGCGUGCAAGAAAGUUAAUUGUUGUCCUCUUGGCGAUCUCAUGAUGCUGCCUCUUUUGUCAUUCUUUUCAAGGAAGUGCUUCUGUGGAAAACAAUGCAUUGAGACAAGUUGCUGAUCGUGAGCACCCAGUUUCAGGUAUUAUGCCUUUCAAUUACUUUCAACUUACUUCCUGUUAUGGUAUGUUGAUAUUGUUUUUGGUUCCUUUGUGGUUCUUGAUUUGUUUCCUUACAUGUGCUGUUUAUGUUACAUGUGUGUUAUCCUUAAUUUAAUCACCAGAUUAUUACAUUAUUUGCUACCUUCGUGUUGUGAGCACCUGGUAUGGUCACUUGGGCAAUUAGUAAUAUUGAGAGAUGUUAGGAGUUGUACAGCAGUAUUAUUACGAUCUCAAUUAUUGUUGGCUCUAUUUGAUCCUGUAAAUGCACAUCAUGACUUCUGGGGAAAAAUUAUUGAAAAAUAUUCAAAUUCACUUGAAUUUACAGUGGCUUUUAUCA